AUGGAGCAGUCUCCUCUUACACACCAACCUCGGCCGGAGGUGUUUCAGCCUAAGAUUGACGACCCAGAUGACAGCGACCGCAGCGAAGGCUUCUGGAAGGAAUUCUUCCUGCUGCGCCCUGAGCGCCAACGCCUGCGCACCUUGCUCGACGAAAUCGCUCCAGCCGACCUGUUGCACCUGCGUCUUUCCCAGACACGCCAGUUCUUCGCGCAAGCCGUUGCGGCGCUCAGGAGUCCAUAUGGCGUGGCUGAUCUGCAUGCGCUGGAGACCCUAAGCACCUUCUUAACUUCCAUUCUCUCCAAAAAGUACACGAAUCCAAGCUCCGACAUCAUCGAGCUGCUUGCUGGCCUGGACCACGUUGACGCAAUCUUCUCCGACUUCAUCGGCGCGCUCGAGGCGAUCAUCCGGAACGGCCGGAUCAGCGCGCCGCAGGAGUGUUGUCCUAACCGGAUUGGACAUAUCAACCAGCAGCAACAGGAGGGACAGAGGGUGGUGAGCAGCAGAUCGACAUGCACGUAUACGGCCGACCUCCAACAUCGCGCGAUCGAGGUCGCGCUGGCGGUUACGUCCGGGGCGUAUCAGACAAGCCUGCUGAGUUAUUUUAUUCAGAGGGAUCUGUUUCAGGCGAUAAUAAACUGUAUCCAAUCCCAUAUCCUUUUCUCCCCUUCACCCAGCGGGCCAAGGAUAUCCCCGGCUUUCAUGCUGCUGGGCCUACUAGCCAAUUACAACAAGUUCGAGUUCCAGAACCCAUACCAGAUGCGCCUGGCCGAUUUUGUCAACGAGCGCGUAAUAAGGGGGAUUGUUCGCAGUGUGGGGCAGACAUGUCAGAAUCUGAGAGCACAAUACAUCGAUAUUCAAGAUGAUCUACCCGAAGGGUGGUCGUUUGCUGGAACGCUCAACAAGAUCGGCUUGGGGGCAAUUGCGCCGGGGAGAAAGCCUACGCCGAAGCCGGUGUAUGAUGCCGAGACGGUGAAGAAGAUGUUUGCUACGCUACCAGGACACGAAGCCGCGGUCCUCCUUGCCACCUACGACUUCACUCACGCCAACAAGCUCUUUAGCCUCGAGUUCGUCACCUGCCCGGCAGCCGACAAAGACGCAAAAAGCAGCCCAAACUCCAGCGACGAAGCUCCUUUCUCCUCCUUCAUUUCCCUCACCUCCUAUCUCGUGCAACACGCACACCUCUCCCAGCGCACAACACUCUACACCCACCUGAACCUAAUGGUCUUUCGAUUACUGAUCGAAGACCCAGUCAUCUGCAAACGUAUUUGCUCCUCGGACGACGGUCACAAAGUUUCCGUGCGUCUCUGCCGGCAACGGUCUCCUUACCUUCCACUCAUCCGUGGAGACAGGGUGCUCGCCACAGCCGUGAUGGAUACGAUGGUCGAUGCGCUGACACACAACCUGCGCCGAAGACUUGAUGUGGGGUUGUAUACCCUGUGCGUGGGAAUUUUGCUCCGGAUCAUAAGCUACAUGUCCCGGACGCGAACCAGGCUGCAGUACCAUUGGCAUGAGCUCUUCCGGAGUCUGUUGUCCUUGAUCCGGUUCCUGACGUCAUACGCGGCGGACCUGAAGAACCUGCCGCACAUUGAUACGCUACUGGAUCAUGUCGUCAAUCUGAUUGCCCUGGGCCUAUCGGCGGGGGAAACAUUCUUGCCGACUCCGGUGGCGUAUGAUGAUUUGUUUUAUAAGGUUGUCGAGAGCGGGGAAGUGUUGGUUAAGUUUAGGGACACGUAUGGGCUGGCCAAGAGGAAUAGUAAUUCGAUUGAGACACUGGUGCAGGUUAGCCAGCAUUAUAAGGAGAUGUUGGUGGAUGGGAAAGCGGGAGGGGGAGGGCCUAAAAAGGCGUCGCAGUUGACGAGUCUGCAAGUGUUUGAGGUUAUUAAGCAGGGGUAUGAGACGCUGAGUAUUCAGGCGAAGGAGGGGCUGGAUAGUUGGGAGAAGUAUCGCGAGGCGGAUGAAAGGACGCUGUUGAAGAAGAUGGCGAGGGCAGCGGUCGCGGAUGUGAGGGCCAUGGUUGCUGAGAAGGAUUAA